UUUCUGAAGUUGCAGUCCGUUUGGCCUCUCAGGGCCACCGUACGUUUCAGCCCAAUUUAACGUCACCGUGGUAGGAAUUAGAAUCAAACUUAUGGGAAAGGAGACCCCUUGGACAUCAAACAGCGUGAUGAGAACUAUUGAAAAGAAAAGAAAUAAUCUUUGGAAAAAAAUAUCUAAGGAGAAUUAAUUUAUUUUAGUCUGACCCCACUCCCAUCCGCUAACAUGGAGGAGGCGGGUUUAUGACUUAUACUGCAGGGGGCGAUAGGGACGUUUUGGCUUCAUUUUUGGGGAGCUGUCGCGUCGUCCAUGUUUUCUACAGUCAAUGCUCACACACAUCACAUACACUCCUUACUGCACCCAGUCACACGCAAGACAGUAAUUCCCGCAACACAGAGAAAGAACUCACAGGACACUCUGCAAAAUUCAAAGCUGUAGCUGUAGCAUAAACAACAACAAACUGGGACUGUUUGUAAUUCUGUCCUGGGGUUUAUACAGGUGCAGUCAUAAGUCAUAGUCAAAGCUAUAAAUAAACCCAGCAGCUUCAAGAUCAUUUUUGCUCUGGCAAGAUGGCAAGACGGUCAUAUUCACUGCUUCAAGCACCUAACUAUGUGAGGCGCUCAGAGAGCGAAGAUGACGAGGAAUCCGCUGCAUCAGUCUCCUCAGAGAAUGACAGCAUCACUACCAGUGAUGAGGAUUACCAUCCAGUGCCCGAUUCCUCUUCUUCAGCAAGUGAGAAUGAUACAAAGACAGCAGUCGAGGUAGAGCGGCUAAUGGAAGAGACGGUAGGAGAAGCGGUAGACGCCGGGGCGCCGGGGGCCGAGUGGAUGUCUCGUUCUGGGAAUAUUGAGUGGUUUCCCACUGCUGAGGAGACCAUGCGCUACAAUCCAGUACCCACUGGUAUCACUCCAGGGCCCACCCUGUAUGCAGUUACCCGCAUUAGCACCCUGAGAUCUGCAUUUGACCUGUUUGUGACAGAAGAGAUCAUUCAGCUGUUGUGCACCUACACAAACCUGCAUGGGAGGCGAAAGUGUGAGAAUUGGAGGGAUGUGGAUGAUGUGGAGAUGAAAGCGUACAUUGGGAUUUUGAUUCUCGCUGGUGUCUACCGCUCAAGGCAUGAAGCAUCGCGUGGUUUGUGGGCUGACAAGACCGGACGGGCAAUAUUCCGUGCUACAAUGCCCCACUACCGCUACGCCCAGAUCAGCGCUAACAUCCGCUUUGAUGACAAGCUCGCCCGCCCGAGAUGUUUCAGGAACGAUAAGCUUGCUGCAUUUCGCGUCCUGUGGGAAAAGUGGGUUGCUCGUCUCCCCCUGCUGUUCAAUCCAGGAGUUGACGUCUGUGUCGAUGAGCAGAUGGUUGGAUUCAAAGGUCGAUGUGGAUUUCGGCAGUAUAUGCCCAAGAAGCCUGCAAAAUAUGGCAUUAAAAUCUGGGUGAUCUGUGAUGUGGCAACCUCCUAUGCUUGGAAGAUGGAAAUUUACACAGGAAAAUCUGGAAGUUCCCGGGAAGUUAAUCAGGGAAUGAGAGUUGUGCUACAACUGACAGAGGGGCUCAAAGGACACACUGUCACUUGUGACAACUUCUUUACAUCGUUCAGCUUGGCAGAGGAGCUGCUCAGAAGAAAAGUAGCUCUGGUUGGCACAAUCAGGGGAAACAAACCAGAGCUCCCUCCCCAGCUUGUUCAGCUGAGACAGAGGAAGAUUCUUUCAUCUCUCUUUGCCUUCACCAAAACAACCAUGGCAGUCUCCUACAUGCCCAAGCAAGGGAAGAAUGUGCUUCUUUUGAGCACAAAGCAUAGGGAACCAGCAGUCAGCGAUGGGGAAAAGAAGAAGCCAGCAGCAAUCCUUGAUUACAACAAGUGUAAAGGUGGAGUGGAUAACCUAGACAAGGUUGUCGGCACCUACAGUUGUCGGAGGAAAACCAGUCGCUGGCCACUGGCUCUGUUCUACAAUCUUCUGGACAUCUCAGCAUACAAUGGCUUUGUCCUGUGGAAAGCAGUGAAUCCUGAGUGGGAGUCCACCAAGACCCACAAACGAAGGGUGUUCCUGGAGGAGCUGGGCUACAUGCUGGUGACUCCAGAAAUUGCAAGACGGCCUUGUGCCCCACGCUCACAAGCAGCCGCUGCUAUUGUUGCUGAGAUACAGCAGUCAGAAUCAGAAUCAGAGUCUGACCCAAAGCCCAUCAACAAAACGAGGAAAAGGUGCGAACUGUGUAUAAACAGAAGAAGAACGGCAACCACUUGCUCCAGCUGUGAAAAGAGUGUCUGCAAAGAUCACUCUGCUGUGGUUUGCGUGUCCUGCCUUCCCUGAGUACACGUGUACACACACACACACACACAGAAAGAGGAUGUAUUUUGUACAAACAAGCAAUAAAAGGCCGUUUUUGGCAUGACUAACAAA